GAGGAUGCUGGAGUGUAUUAAUAUUAGCCCUUGGAUUUUGAUGAUGCCGUAGGAUUCUCAAGUUCAGUACACGUGCUCCUCUCUCUCUGUUUUGCCCUUUACUUCUUUUUAUCUUUGCUUCCAUGCAUGGAUUUCUCCUCCUAAAUAUAGUGAACUUGUAGUUGUGGAGAGAGAACAAACACUCUCUCUCUCUUUCUCUUAGUAUUUCUUCUUUGCCUUUGUUCAUUGCCAUCAUUAACAACAAAGACAAUUGACCCACAAGCUCUCCCAAUUUUAUCUUCUUUUUUUUUUCUCUUCAGAAUUUUAUGUUUUUAUCUCCCUCUUUUUCUACAUUUAGAUCUUUUUCUUGCUGCAGAAUUCUGUGAAAUCUGAGAUGGGUUCUUGUCCAAUCAGCUCAUAAAGAUGAUCUGACACAAUUUACUCUCCAGAUUUGAACAUUCACCUAGUUUUUCUGAUCUGGGUCUACGUCUCAUUGUCUUUUUCACUGGGUUCCUCUGUUUCAUUAGUCAUUAUCAUUUUGGCCUGCAGUUUUAGUGCAAUUCAAGCAUUGUUUCGAGUUUUUUUUCUAUCAGAUUUGAAGUUUUCAUUAGUUGUCCUAUCUUGUUUUCUUCUUUCUUGAAUUUCUGUGAUUCAAAUCCAUGGAAGAAGACCAAGAAUUCAGACAUGUGUGCAAGUUCUGCAGCAAGAGCUUCUCUUGUGGUAGAUCCUUGGGUGGUCACAUGAGGUCUCACAUGAUUAAUGACAUUUCAGCUCAAGCUGAUGGUACUAAGCUCACCAGGAAAAAGCUCCCAUCUCUCCCCAACAACAAUGGAGCUAAUAACAAUACCUCUUUCAACGAAGCUGCUGGUUAUGGCCUCAGAGAAAAUCCAAAGAAGACUUGGAGGCUUGCAGAUCAUUCGGGUGAGGAUACUUCAGUCCUUGACAAAUCCUGCAAAGAGUGUGGCAAAGUAUUCCAAUCUUGGAAAGCUUUGUUUGGUCACAUGAAGUGUCACGCACUAGAGAAAGAAAAAGUGUCCAACAAUAAUAGCCUGGAAGAGCAGCAAGAUUCUUGGACCAGUGCUAAUAACCAGAAGCUGGUCAUGGACAGCCAAUCAGACAACGAAACUGCUGCUCCUAAUCGAAGAAAGAGAUCAAAAAGGAGAAUAAGGUACAUGGGUGCUGAAAACUCUUCUUCCUUGUCUUUUGCCAAUAAUGCAUCCUCUUCUGUUUCUGAAAUUGAGCAAGAACAAGAAGAGGUUGCCAUGUGCCUAAUGAUGCUUUCUAGAGAUGCUGCUCAGUGGGGCGGCUUGAAUUCUGUUGCUGAGUCCUCUGAUAAUAAUUCUGCUUUUCUUGAGACUAAUUUGGUUAGUUCUAAAACUGAAGGUAAGUCUUUUGUUUGUACUGGUACUAAGACUGUGAAAAUGAAAAAACUUGGUGAGAAGUUGGAGACUGGCAAAUUUGAGGAUGAUGAGUAUUUCAAAGUUGAAAACAGAAAAUCAGAGUUCUCUGCUUCUGGGAUUUCAAGAAAGGGGUUUACCAAGAACGAUAAAGCCAAAAAGCCUCAGCUAGAUGAUGAACAUGGAGCACAGAACUCUGGAUUCAAACUAGCCAAGAAUUUUACCAGGGAAACUAGUUUGGAUCAAACUGGAAUGGUUGCCAAGAGCAGUUCAAGCAAGAGAAAGUUAAGCGACUCUUCUGAUAAAAAAUUGAAGUCAGAUUACUUGAAGAAGCUGACAACCGAUGCUUCAGAUUCUGAAGCUUGCAAGAACACUGAUAAAAGCAGCAGAUUUGAGUGUACUACUUGCAAUAAAGUAUUCCACUCUUACCAAGCUCUAGGAGGACACAGAGCAAGCCACAAAAAGACUAAAGGUUGCUUUGCAUCAAGAAUUGACAGCAGUGAAAAUAGCAUUGAAACUGAACCACGUCCUGACACAACAGCAGAUAGUAAGCUCAUUAAAACCAUCAAAAAUGAAAUUUCUGCUGAUCACUUGGCCAUAGAUUGUGACGACAAGGCUGAGACAAGUUGUGGGGCAAAGAAGAGUAAAGGACAUGAGUGCCCUGUUUGUCUCAAGGUGUUCCCAUCAGGACAAGCAUUGGGUGGUCACAAGAGGUCUCACUUAGUGGGAGCUCCUGAGGCUAAAAACAACCAGAAUAUUGCAAUCCAAGAACCAAUUCCACCAGUAAGAGACUUCCUUGACCUUAAUCUUCCUGCUCCUGUUGAAGAAGAAGGCAAUGGGCUUGUGGGUUUUAAUCCAUGGUGGAUAAGAAGCAACCACAAGCAUGAACCCCUUGUAGGUUUGAUCUCUAAUUGACUUCUCUAAUCCAGGCCAAGCAUGGUUUUCAAUAAAAAAGAUUCAAGAGUGUACAGAUUCAUUCAUUCUUUUAAAGAUUCAGAAACUAGUCAAGAACAGAGGUGGCCUGUGGACAUUCGAAAUGGAGUUAUAGUCGAAAGAAACGUUGGAUUAAUCUCUCCAGCUCGACUCCUCCAAUGCUUGAUGAACUGUCCACUGGGGCACAACCUACCUAACUCACAUGCCGCAG